CGAAAACUUGAAAGAGAUGAAUCUAUAAGACAAUGGCAAAAUAGAUGGGAAUCAAGUGGUAGAGAAAGGUGGACCUUUAAGCUAAUACCGAAAAUUGAUGUAUGGCUAAAAAGAAGACAUGGGAAAGUAAACUACUACCUGACACAAUUUCUCUCAGGUCAUGGAGGGUACAGAAGUUACCUGUAUAGAUUCGGUUUGGACAGUAAGCUUUAUCCGGUGGAGAGCAGAAUAAGAUAGAUAGAUAGAUAGAUAGAUAGAUAGAUAGAUAGAUAGAUAGAUAUAUUGAAAGAAAGAUAUUCUAUUAAUUAUUUUAGGUCUUGUUAGAAUAUUGUGACGAUUUCAUAAUCUCCUUUCAAUUUUCUAAGGAUUUUCAGUCAUGAUUGAGUUUCUAAUGGAAAUGACCACAUAUAAACAUUUGACUUUUUCGAGCUAUACAAUAAUAAUUAGAUCUUUAAGAUAACAAAAUGGCUGUCACGCAAAUGUUUAUUUUUAUAUAAAAAAAUAAGAGAUUUCUGUAUAAAUUUGUUAAAUAAAGGUUUUAAAUUUUAAUUGUAAACAUAUAUAACACUCGUAUAUAACUUGACGAAAUGAAAACUAAUUUAAUUAUUAUUUUCACUACAGCAAUAACAUUAAUGUUACCGCAUAUAAAAGCAAAUGUCAAUUGUCAUAAACCGCAUCCGGCAAUAUCUACGGAAACAUGUUGUUCUUUGCCGAAUUUUUAUACGGAGGAAAUCAAAGAAAAAUGUGGUUCAAUUGAAAAUGAAUUUAAAAUGGACAACGGUCGUGAUCAUCACUGCUUUGUAUCUUGUGCCUUAGAAGAAACUGGAAUUUUUACCGAUGGCAAAUUUAUGGAAGAAAUUCUUAACACCUAUUUAAGUACGGCUUUAGAGGACACGCCCGAUAUUAUAGAAACCAUAGGUGAUGCUUUUAAACAUUGUGUUCCCAGCUAUGAAAUUGUUGGCAGGACAAUUAAAUCAAAGGGUCCCUGUGCAUUAUAUCAUGUCUUAAUAAUGGAUUGUGUUUUUAUGAAAACAUUUAAAAAUUGCACAGAUAGUGUUUGGUCAAAUACUGAGGAAUGUAAUGUAGUACGUGAUAUGUGGCAGAAAUGUUUACCAAAUAAUUUUUAAAUGUAAAAUUAAAUUGAGAUAAUAAAUAUUUAGUGUAAAGCAUAGAGCAUAUGAAAUAUCCAAGAAAAUAUUUCCUUUAUUUGAAAUAUGUCAAAAUUUCAAUUUUGGAUCAAAAGUUUUAAAAUUUCAUAUGGGAUUUGCUUUGACAAGUUAUUUGCAAUUUGUUACUCUCUGCCAUUCGCUCAAUUAGAACAACAUAUAAUAAAAUCGUUAAAAAUCUCAU